AUAUGUUUUGGAUUGAUAGUAGAUCCAUAAUCAAAAACGUGUUUGUGAUUGUUUUAGAAGAAAUGAAACAUUUUUAGCUAAAGUAGUAUUGCUUAGGUUUGUCGACUCAGCUUUUGUCUCUAUGAUCCUCUGUUUUUUUUUGGUAACAGACUCUUGAUCCAUGGAUCAAGUAUUUUAUUAUUCAGAUGAAAAAAAAAAAUAUUAUUCAAAUGACUGAAAGAAUCUCUUGCUUUACGACUCGAUACAUUCCUCGUUGCAAUCAAAACACGAAACAGAUUGGAUCCAAAUCUCACCAAUUUGACGAAGAAGAAGAAGAACAAGAAAUGUACGGCAAAACCAUAAGCAUCAUCGUCCUCUUCGCCUUCCUCAUUGCUUCCUACUCAAUCUACAUGGGCACCAUCGAUCCAACACCUUACUUCUCUCAGCUCGGUAAACCUUCCCCUCCCUGUAACACCACCUCCACCAAAGGCCAACCUCUCCGUGUCUUCAUGUACGACCUCCCACGCAAAUUCAAUCUCGCCAUGAUGCAUCCUAACAUCUCAGACGUCGAGCCCAUCACCGCCGAGAAUCUCCCUUCCUGGCAUCAGACCUCUGGGGUCGGGCGGCAGCACAGCGUCGAGUACUGGCUCAUGGCCUCGCUUCUUAACAACGGAGGCGAUGAAGAGGAGAAAGAGGCGGUUAGGGUUCUUGAUCCGGAGUUGGCUGAUGCCUUCUACGUCCCUUUCUUCUCUUCCUUGAGCUUCAAUACUCACGGGAAGAACAUGACCGAUCCAGAUACUGAACUUGACCGGCUAUUACAGGUUGAGUUAAUAGAGUAUCUUGAGAACUCCAAGUAUUGGCAACGUUCAGGAGGUAGGGACCAUGUGAUUCCGAUGACUCAUCCUAACGCUUUCAGAUUCUUGAGGCAACGAGUGAACGCGUCAAUCCUCAUUCUUGUUGAUUUUGGGCGUUACCCAAAAGAGAUUGCAAAUCUAGAUAAAGACGUAGUUUCGCCUUAUGUACAUGUUGUUGAGUCCUUCGCGGAUGAUGUUGUUGUUGAUGAUGGUGCUUUGGAUCCCUUUGAGGCUCGCAGUACUCUUCUUUACUUCCGUGGGAAUACGGUGAGGAAAGCUGAUGGUAAAAUCCGUGUGCGCUUGGAGAAGUUGCUAGCUGGUAACUCUGAUGUUCACUAUGUGAAAAGCAUACCAACAACACAAAACAUCAAAGUGUCUACGGAAGGGAUGAGAUCAUCAAAAUUCUGUCUGCAUCCAGCUGGAGACACUCCAUCUUCAUGCCGACUAUUUGACGCCAUCGUCAGUCACUGCAUUCCUGUAAUCAUAAGCGACAAAAUCGAGCUGCCUUUUGAAGAUGAGAUAGACUACUCAGAGUUCUCAGUCUUCUUCUCAGCGAACGAGGCGCUUGAGCCAGACUUCAUCCUCAGCAACCUCCGUCAGUUUCCCAAGGAGAAAUGGCUGAAAAUGUGGGAACGUCUCAAGAAUGUAUCUCAUCAUUUCGAGUUUCAGUACCCUCCCAAGAGAGAAGACGCAGUUAACAUGUUGUGGAGACAGGUGAAACAUAAGAUCCCUGAUGUCAAGCUCGCUGUACAUAGACACCGGAGGUUGAAAGUCCCUGAUUGGUGGCUCUGAAGAAUGACAGUUUUUUUUCGCAAGGUUUAGUCUUUUUUUUCAUUUUUUCUCCCUUCCAAUACUGUAAAUAGUUUAUUCUUUUGUUACCUUUGAGUCUCAUGAUUUAUUUAUAGGCUGAUGCAUACUCUAAAACAUGAAUUUCUUAUAACAAGACACUUUUAUCUUUUAAGGUUUGAGAUGAGAGUUCCUAUUGUUGUGAUAUUAUUAUCUACCAAAAUCCAUAGACUCUCAUGAUACACUCGCUUUUAUUUUCACCAACUUUCCUUCCUACAAAGACUGUUUUCAUGCUUAACUGCUUAAGUAUAUAUCUUUGUGACGUUUUGGUAUGAGACUUAUGGCAUUAAAGGUCACACCACUGGCUAUGAUAUUAACUCCAUAAUCCGUAUCAGAUACUUCGGUUCAUCUCCCACAUACUGAUACCAGUUUUAUGCUUGUUUUCCCUUUAAAGUAUCGUUAUAUCUCCUACAUACCAAUUUCAUGCUUGUUUUGACUUACUAUUUUCAUGCAUAAGUAAUAAUUAUUAUAUCUUUGUGACUUUAUCGUUUCUUUUCCCCAUUUUGCAUUCAGUUCACCCCCCACGUAUAAUAUUUGCAUGCUUAGUAUUGCUAUAUUAUCUUGUGCUUAUUGUGAUCCUUGUGACUAGUUACACUAGUGUAAAUCCUUUUGUCAAUUUUCUGUCAUUGUUUCUCUAAUGCUCAAAUAUAGAAUCAUUUAAAAUCUGGAUCAAAUAAUGAUUAGAUACAUUAUAAGAAUAUUAUGAAAUGCAGAAUAAUUUAAAAUCUGGAUCAAAUAUGAUUAGAUACAUUAUAAGAAAUGGCGGAAGGCCAUAAUAGAAAGCUACUUCCCUUAAAAAGUUAACCGACUAAUCAAAAAAAAAA